AUGGAAUUAACGGCGCAUGAUUUACGGCUCUGGCGCCAGGGGAAUUCGGACUUGCACCAAGCAGAAGCAGACGCUGAUGCCGAUGGCGCUCCGAUGGCGAUGGCGAAGGUCGUGGCCAAGCAGCUGGUGGAUAGGGAUGAUGAUGAUGCGAGGGUGAUGGUGAUGGUGAUGGAAAUGGGGACAAAGCUACCGGUACAUUUCUCGCGGGCAAGAAAAGCUGAGGUCAAGCACGAGGCGCACCUGCGGGCUUUGAAGCGACGACGGGUACUUGUCGCGGGCGUGCGCACAGGUACCGACGUGCCCGUAGUCAACCGGCGCGGUACCUUGAAGCCAAGUACCGACCGUUCUCUCCAUCUGCCCAUCGUCAAGUUGCCCUCCAAAUUCGAGCUUUCAGCGAGAGGCGCGCUGGGCGAUGCCGCUAUGGGAAUUUCAAUGGGCCCUGACUGCAGCCGGGCAGCCACUGAAGGGCCCUUUUACUAUGCAAACAUAAACAACACCGGGCAUCACAAGCUCAAGGCCGCCCUGGCCACUGUCCCCUCCCCUCCUCUGGCCGUACUAACGAAUCUAGUGAAUCUGCGCGAGGCUCAGCCUCUCUUCGGGAACCUGCGACGGUCUUUCCUCGUGAAGUUGGCCCAGCUUACCAACGCCCGCAUCAGGAAACCGAAUAGACACAUCCAUACUGUUUCAUCGCCGACCGGUUGCCGUUCAACCCCCCUGUGUCCUCUGGACUCGCAAUUCCUCAGAAUGUCGAGCUUGGCCAGGGCGACCACGCCCGUGAAGCAGCAAGUUACGGCGGCCACAGCUACCGACAGCCCAGGCACGUGGAGGCACCCCCGACUUGACGAAAUCACCAGACGUCGCGAUGCUACCAACUUCUCCGAGAAGAACGUGCGGCGGAUUGCCUACAACAUUGUCGCCUUGCUGGCCAUGUGGUCUCUUCAGCUGCUAGCCAAGUUCAAGCUGGACGCGCAAAUGUUGCCCAAGCCACUCCGACUAUACCUCGGAUGGGCAUGGUUCCUCGCCCAGCUCCUCCCCUUCAUCCAGAUUGGCAUGGCAUGUCUGCCGCUCAUUCGGCCGAAAGACGAGCUCUCCGAUAUCCCGUUGACGGCUACCCAGAGACAAUUGCUUGGACUCGAUCCGUCGGUCAUCGCGCCUACGCCCGACGCAAAGUUCAGCACACCUCCGCGAUAUUCACGAACACCAUCUAUUGCGGGCUCGGUGGGAAGUAGAGCCAGCUAUCCUGGCUCUCCUCUAGAUGGACGAGGAGGCGACCUCUCCAAACCUCUUCCCCCGAGCUUUGCCGGCGCACUCUCCCAAUUCUCCCCCAUUGGGAGCCCUCUCGGCCAGAGCGUCAACGGCAUGAACAAUAGGAGGACAUCCUUUGGAUCGCCGGGCUCCUUUGGCGCGAGCACCUCGUCCAACAUCUUCUCCGACCCUAGCUCACCAAGCCCAGCGGGAGGCAAGAGGACGAGUAUUGGGCUUAAUAACAAAUGGUUAUACGAGAAGGGAAGAAGGCCGUCGGGUAGCACUUGGGCUAACUAA